CAGUAAGAAGAGCUACUUUUGGGAGUAGAGAAUGGAAGAUAUUAUUAGAGGAAUUGAGGAGAGGAAUUUGCAGGAGGCGAGGGUGAAGACUGUGAUUGAGUUGACGAAGUUGUAUGGAGAUUUGAGGGUGGAAGAGGAGAGAGUGAAGAGAGGGAAGGUAGGAGAGAGACAUACAUUUGAUUUCACAGAUCUAGUAAAACCCAGCAAGCCUGUUACCCAAGAAGACGACCAGCCAGGAAAUAAGCUGGGCAAAGAAAGAGAUCAGCCAGUGAAGGAAGCCAAUAAGGAGAGAAGUGGGGAAGUGACUGAAGAAGUUAAGAUAAAGUCACCCUUUAUGGGCAUGAAGGGUGUAGAGAGUGGAAGUAGAGAGAAAGAAGGUGGAGAAGAGACGAAGAGAGGCAUUUUUGGAGGAAUGCAAGGAUCUUGGGGGAGUAAAGGACAGGGAGUGACUGAGGGGGUAAAGGAGGAAGAUAAUGCUCCUAAGUAUGAGAAAACUGAUAAGAAAUGAAUGAUUGAGGUUUUAGAGAAGAUUGAAGAUGGAGGUUACACCUUCUUUCCUACACCUAAGGACUUGGAAAAGAAAAGCUGAGCACAGUUGAAGCGCUUAAAAGGAUUUUCUGUGAAAAAUAAAUACCAAUCAAUUCUUUUCCUUAACUACAUAAACCUUCUUGAAUUAGACUCCAAUAUUGGGAUUCAAAUACAUGAGCCUAACCUCGACACCAAAAGCUUAGGAAUUGCUUUCCGUGGAGACCUUGCUAAAGAAAAAGUACAAAUAACGAUUCCAAAUCUCUCCAAAGGAACAAUUACAGACCCUGAAGAUAGAGUCAGAAACAGUGAAGCUUGGAUCACUGAAAUAAGCACCCAACACACAGUUCCGGACAUCCACUUCGAUAAAGGAUCAGACUGUCUCUCCUACACAACCAUCUUCAAAGCCAAACCCUCCUUCCCAAGAUCCUAAGUCCUUCAUAAUCCCGCCCUUCAAGAAGAACUAAUUCUGAUUUCAACUUCA